AUGGUAAAUGAUUACUUAGACUAAAGGCACGCCUAGCGCAGGAAAGAGAAAUUCACACACCCAUACAGUAUGCAGAAGAUGCAACAAAAGAGCUCUUCACAAGCAAACUAAAGUCUGUGCAUCUUGUGGAUAUCCAAGUGCUAAAAUGAGACACUACAACUGGGCCCUGAAAACCCACAGAAGAAGAGGUGAAGGCACUGGAAGAAUGAAAUAUAUGAAGUCAAUUCCUCGUAGAGCUAAGAAUCAUUUCAGAGAAGGCUCAACACCUGCCGCAAGAACUAACUCCCCCCCUCCGUGAGUGAACAAAAAAAAUUUUGUUCACUCACGGAGGGGUUAAUUUAUUUUUUUUUUUAAAAAUUUUAUAUAUAAAUUUUAUGAAAAAUAUUCUUUUUUUCGAAAUUUAAAAAAAUCCCUAAUUCGCAAAAAUUGGAAAGCAAAAAUUAAUUUAAUUUAUAAAAUUUAUGUUUUAAAAAGCAAUUCGUUUAAAAUUAAACAGAAUUAGCUCUAGAUUUCAUUAUACUAAUUAUCAUUUAUAUAUCAAAAUUUUUUUUCCAUAAAAAAUUUUUGUUCACUCACACGGAGGGUGGGUUUUUGGGCAAAAAAUAGCGAUUUUUCUAAUGGUUUUGUUCACUCACGGAGGGGGGGGAGUAAGCACAUUAAGAAGUAA